CAGGAUUGACAUUCCUCCUUUAAAAUGCGUACUUCAUCGCGAGACUACCUCGUGCUGGCCAUGCUGGCCAUGCCCCAGGCCCACUUAGCGUCUGCGGAGAGAGUUCUGGGUGCCUACAUCUUUUCUCGUCAUGGAGAUCGUACCCCUAAAAUACUGGGCAACACCCAGCUUACAGACCUGGGAUAUCAUGAGGUGUUCAUGACUGGUAGCUACUAUCACAACCGGUACAUCGAUUCGAACUCUUCCCUUCAAAUUGAAGGCAUCAGCACAGAUGUCGUCAACCUCAAGCAGCUCAGUGCAGCUGCACCAUCUGAUGCCGUGCUGCAGAACUCGGCAACUGGUUUCCUGCAGGGUAUUUACCCUCCAGUCGGCGCAACUGCAAGCCAGGAAUUGGCCAACGGAUCUACAGUUGAUGCUCCGUUGAACGGCUACCAACUUGUCCCACUCUCGCUCACCACUACCGGAACAAACAGCGAAGACAACACAUGGCUUCAGGCCACCACCAAGUGUCAGAAAGCCAAGGUCAGCAGCAACAGCUAUUACAGCUCGUCACUGUAUAAGGAUCUUCUAGCGUCCACUCAAGACUUCUAUACAUCACUCACGCCCAUUCUGAAGAGCGAAUUCUCCGACGAUGACAUAAGCUUCAAGAACGCCUAUGCGAUCUUCGACUUCCUCAAUGUCGCAAGAAUUCACAAUUCCAGCACUGAAAACAUGCCCACAGACGCCCAAUUCCACCAGCUGCUGACCCUGGCCAAUAUCGAGCAGUACAAUCUAGCUUACAACUCGAGCGAGACAGUCCGCGCAAUUGCUGGUGCCCAGCUUGCCGGCGAGAUGCUCGACGCCCUGACCGAGACGAUUAGCACUCAGGGCAAAACCAAGCUGAACAUCCAAUUCGGCUCCUACGGAACGUUUCUCUCCUAUUUCGGCCUUGCCCAGCUCUCCAAGGCUGACUCCGACUUCACCGGUAUCCCUGACUACGCCUCUUCAAUGGCAUGGGAGCUGGUCACCGACUCGACAAGCGGAUUCCCCGAUCCAGCUGACAUUUCCGUCCGCUUUGUCUUCCACAACGGUACAAUCACUGGCUCCGAUGAACCCACCGAGUUCCCUCUCUAUGGCCAAUCUAGCGCAACCAUCCCCUGGUCGGAGUUUGAGAAGCAGACCAAGAGCAUCGCCGUCAUGUCUACGGCCGAAUGGUGCAGCGCGUGCGGUAACACCGAUGGAAAGUGUGCUAACCCUUCUUCUGACUCUGCCGGUACUGAAUCGACCGAGAAGAAGAGUAACGAAGUCUCUAGACCCGUUGCUGGUGUUAUUGGGGCUAUGGUUACCCUUGCGGUUAUUCUGGGCUUGGAGGCUGCGUUCUUCUUGCUGGGUGGCUUUACCAUUGCCAAGAGAAAAAAGGCUGCGGGCAGUAUCUCGUCUGAUGCUACCGAGACUAAAUUUGUUGAGCACAGUUAAUGGGGUUAAUUAUGGCGGACGGUUGGGGUUGUGGCAUUUGGUAUUUUGGAGGGUUAUGCAGAAACAGGCUCUUCAGUGUAGGUCUUUAUGAGGGACAUGUUAUGAAGUCGAUGAAGUGAUGUAUCGUCGGUUAUUUAUUUCAAUGUUUGUUAGCCGAACUGCUGUUUUCCUACCAUGACUAGGGUCUGUUAAUGCUAUUAGUC